AUGACCAGCAAGGCUAACAAGGCCAGCGCGGCAACGCCGCACCACGCUACGCUAGAGACCCCCUCAUCACUAGUUGACUAUGAUCUGAAAGACUUCAACGCUCGACAGAAAUUCCAGAAACCAGUCAAGUUCCAUCUUGCUCUUUUGUCCAUCCUGCUGAUGGUCUUCAUCGUCUCCAUCGACGCCACGGUGUUGGCAGUUGUUAUACCUAUCAUAGCGGAGGAGUUUGAUGGAACGUACCUGGAGGCGUUCUGGGCGAAUGCCUCGUUUCUGCUGGUUAUUACGGUUAUGCUGCCCGUGUACAUGGCCCUUUCGGAGCUGAUCGAACGCAAGAUACAGCUUUACACUGCUUUCUUCCUCUUCGCCGCUGGGUCUGUCCUCUUCGCGACCGCGCAGUCCCUUCCCGUCCUUAUCCUCGCCCGUGCGCUGCAAGGAUCCGGGUGCGGAGGCAUUGACGUCCUGAACGAGAUCCUCAUCGCCGACGUCACCACACUAGGGGAACGCGCCUUCUACAUCGGCCUGGUCUCCAUCCCGUUCGCGUUAGGGAGCGUCCUCGGCCCCGUCGUGGGCGCGCUGCUGGGCGAAUAUGCGUCCUGGCGAUGGAUCGGCUGGAUAAACCUGCCCUUCAUCGCUCUCUGUCUUCCGUUAUCCAUAUUCUGCCUCACUCUGAAGCCGCUCGAGGGCGGUCCCGUGCAGCAGCUUGCAGGCUUCGACUGGCGCGGCCUCGCUCUGUUCGUUGUCGGUGUCAUCGCCCUGACACUGCCCUUGAGCUGGGCGGGCGCCUUGUACCCCAGCGACUCCUGGAGGACGCUGCUUCCGCUUUUCGUCGGCGUCGCGGUUCUUGGCGCCUCGGCUUGCUAUGAGUCGGGGGCUGCCCAGCCCAUUCUCCCCUACCGCAUCUUCCGUACCCGCACCGCUGCCUGUGCCCUAGCCCUCAGCUUCGUGCACGGCAUGAUCUUCUACACACUCAUCUUCCACCUCACGAUGUUCUUCCAGUCCGUCCGCCCGGAGGCUGCUCUUCGAUCGUCCGUGUCCCUUCUUCCAUUUUACGUCAUUCUGAUGGCAUUCACGGGUAUCGCGGCCGCGGGCGUCGAAUGGACGCGCCGCUACGUCUGGGCAGUCAGGCUGUCUUGGCUCUUUGCGAGUCUCGGUCUCGGUCUCUGCACGCUGUGGGGAGCGCAUACGACCUUUGCGCAGACGGUUGGUUUCGAGGCUAUGGUGGCGAUCGGUCUUGGGUCUUUGUUCACGGCCCUGCCGAUCAUGAUGCAGGCUAGCACGCAGCCUGACGCCCAUGGCCACGCAGUAGGCAUUCUGGUUUCUUUUCGGCUCUUCGGCGCAGCAGUUGGGCUCGCCGUCUCCGCCGCCGCGUUUAGCAACCAGGUCAGCAGCUCGGUGGCUACCCUCAACGGCAUGCCGCCAGCGCUUCGCUGUCUGUUGCAAGAAACUCAGGCCUUGGGCUCAGUGCCGCUACUGAGAGAGUUGGGUCUCUCGCCUGCCGAGCUGGUCAAUAUCCUGACCACGUAUGAACAAUCGUUUCGCACUGUGUUUUUUGGUCUGACCGGCUUUAGCUGCGUCGGAUUUCUCCUGACACUGCUCGCUUGCGACGCGUCUAUUGAGUCGGAUGAGGCUGGUAAACAAGAAUUCCACGUAUAG